AAACAAAAAUAUCCUAUCAUUUUGUUCACGAAACACGAAGCUAACAAAUCAACACAGUAAACUAGGGUUCCCAAAUUCCCUCUUCUUUCUCCCGGAUUUCGUAUUUGAGAGAAAAGGGAAGAUUUGUGCAUAUCUAUUUGAAAGAGAGAGGAAUUUGCAUAUCAUUAAUUGCGGUUUAUGGGUGUUUUGGUUUGUGAUUUUUUAUUUAUUUUUUUCAAUUUAUGGGUUAUUCCUAAUUUAGGGUUUUGAGGAGUUUAUUGGAUUGUGUUAGUCGAUGGAUUCUGAAAGUAUGAUCCCGUCUACCAGCGUGGUCAAAUGUUGUGAUUGCGAGUGCAAUUGCUCCAUAACGAAUAGUUCCUUUUCGGGGAAUUGGAUACGGACUGUGAAGCGGAAAUUUGAUGAAUAUGAUGAGAUUGAGAAGAAAUUUGUGAUCCCAGGUUUAAUUUUGCCGCAAACGGCUCGUAUAGAUAUGGGAAAUGAGUGUAUUGCUUUAAGGGAAAUGGUUUGUGGACAACAGGAAACGAUUCAGGAAUUGAGUGUUGAGUUGGAGGAAGAGAGGGAAGCGGCAUCCUCAGCUGCUAAUGAAGCAAUGUCGAUGAUUUUGAGGUUGCAAAGGGAAAAAGCUGAGUCACAAAUGGAAUUUAGGCAAUUCAAAAUGUUUACGGAGGAGAAAAUGGCUCAUGAUCAGCAAGAGAUAAUGGCGUUGGAGGAUUUUUUGUAUAAGAGGGAGCAAGUGAUUCAGUCGUUGACUUGUGAGGUGCAAAUGUAUAAGCACAGGAUGUUGAGUUAUGGGCUAUUGGAGUCUGAGGUCGAGUAUGAUGGUGAGAAAGAGAAUGGUCAUUUUUGCCGGAACAAUAGUGUAGGUGAGAGUUCCGAUGGCCGCUUUGACAUUCCUUCUUAUGAUUACCCUCCCUUGAAGUGCACUAUAAAUGAGAACCAAGUGAAUACUGAGGUUGAUGAUGAGGUUGUCGAUGUUGAGAAAUAUGCAUUUGGGGAAGCCCCACGAUCAUGUGAUCAUUUGCGAUAUCUGGAGAAGAGGAUCAAUCAGUUGGAAACAACACCAAGUAGUCGGACUGAUGAAGAAGUAUUUAACAACAAUAUCCUUGAAAAAGCAAUAGUUGCUCAGUCUCCUUUUGUACCAAAUAAAGAAAUAUGCUCAGAUUUCUUCUCAGGUUCUCCGAAGUUUAACGGAAGUGUUAGAAAAGCAGAAAAUUCGCAAACAGAGGAGUAUGCAAACUUGAGGAAGGUGGAUGAGUCAUCGGAUGUUGGGGAUGAAAUGAGUGACAGGGUUUAUACAAUUGACUCUAUACAUCAGGGUGCUGGAUAUAAUGGUAACUCAGAGACCAAGGGUUCUGUCCAUACCCCAAUAGAUUCCCUAAAUCAUACAGAUUUUGGAGAUCCUGAGGUCACAAAGCUUUACCUUAGGCUGCAGGCCCUUGAGGCUGAUCGGGAAUCAAUGAGGCAGGCUAUCAUUUCCAUGCGGACUGACAAAGCACAGCUGAUAUUGCUUAAAGAAAUUGCUCAGCAGUUGUGCAAAGAAGCGUCUCCAGAAAGGAGGACACCUGUGAGGAAGACAUCUGUAAUCAAGAGCUUUUCUUUCAUCUCCAUAUUCAAGUGGAUAAUGUCCUUUGUCUUGUGGAGAAGGAAAGCACAUCGAUGCAAGUACUUGUUUGGUUUGACAGCCAACAGGGUGGGCUUGCUUAUGCUGUUAGACAAGGGACCUCGUGUUGGGCAAUGGAGAUGUCUUUCAAGUACGCAAGUGUGAAACCAAUACUCAUUGGUCCACACUCCACAGCGACUUCCGCAUCUCUUAUGCUUAUCGGCAUGAAUGCAGAGCGGAUUUUAGUCAGAUUAGUUGCUUUUGGAUGUUCAUUCAUUUGUUCUCGCCCUAUAUGCCUUGCUGCUGCUAAUUUGGGUACUGGAUUACUUUGUGCGUUGUUCUUUUCACUUGAUUGUUGGAAUUGAAUACAUCUUGAUGAAACAUUCGGUAGUUGUUUCUCAGCCAUCUAGAACUUGAAUCUUAUGGCUUGGUGGAAUUUUACUUUAGGUUAGUUACUUUUGUAUAUUGUAGAUUUGUGAAUAAUCUUUUUGGGGGCUCCUCACAAUACAAAAUGAGUGCUUUGUUUGGGAUUGAAAUGUAGUUGAUUGAUUGAUUGAAUAGAAUGAGUGCAGUUUUGCACGUUUUUAAGUA